CGAUUCAAUACAAGAAGUGAGUAUUGGAAUGAUUGGGAAAUGGGGUGAUACGAUGAAGAUGCAAAGACGACAUUGGACGACCUUGCUCGAAGUGAUCGCUUUGGGUGGAUUGGAUGAGAUGGGAGAAGUGAAAGAUGGAAGACAGAAGCUGAAUGGGGAUGAACUGCCGAAUGAGAGGAAUUACACAUACGUACAAUCGACAUCAGCUUCAAUCGCAUCAGAGAAUUAUCUCAUCACUCCUACCACCAACACAAAAGACUCGACUUGAAGGACGAAAUACUGACCUAUAUCUCUCAUUCCACACCUUCCAGUAUAUCACCAUGGCAUCGGUGUCCAACAAGAUCUACCGCACGGGCAAUGCACCAGCUGGUCCCCCAUCCGAAAUCGAAACAACUGUUGCACAAGCCCUUUUGGACUUGGAAGCCAACGUUGCUGACUUAAAGGCAGAAUUGCGCCCUUUGCAAAUCUCAGCCGUCAAAGAGGUUGAUGUUAAAGGAGGAAAGAAGGCAAUCGUCAUCUUUGUCCCUGUUCCUCAAUUGAAGGCAUUCCACAAAAUUCAACAAAGACUCGUUCGUGAAUUGGAAAAGAAAUUCUCUGACCGCCAUGUCGUUUUCGUCGGACAACGCCGUAUCUUGCCCAAACCAGGACGUUCAUCCCGUGUUAAGCAACCCCGUCCCCGUAGCCGUACAUUGACAGCCGUUCACGACUCCAUCUUGGAAGAUUUGGUCUUCCCAACAGAAAUUACAGGAAAGCGUGUCCGUGUUGCAACUGACGGUAACAAGCUCAUCAAAUGCUUCCUCGACUCCAAGGAUUCCACCAGCCUUGAAUACAAAUUGGACAGCUUUGCAGGCGUUUACCGUAAAUUGACCGGAAAGGAUGUUUCAUUCAUGUUCCGUGACGCUGACGGUGUCUAAUUGUAUCUCGACAAGGAUCAAGAAGGACGAACAGAGGGGGGCGGUGCUUUGAAUUGCAACGAAGGAAGUGAUCGUUGCAUUUUUUAAAGCAAAAAUAUGGUUUUGGCAUUCAUAGAAUGUACUUUACCUUGUAAAAAUGUUAUUAUCCAAUAAACAAUGAUGGUGAGAAAGCGAUCUCGUUUAUUGGCGUAUGGCAGUAUUUUCACAUACACACACACG